CUUCGGGGAGUGGGAAGUCGGUCGACCCCCCACCACCGGCCGACCUUCCUUCGUCGCCGGACGUCAUCGGGGCCUUCCCUCGACCGGACACCCAAGCCCUGACGUCGGAGAAAGACGGCAAGCUUGAGCCCGACCGAGUUUCCCCCGAAGGCGCGGCAGCAGCAGACGCGGGUUGCUUGGGCUCGCGCGCCUCCUCCCGAUCCUCCUCUGCCGGCUGAGCAGCCGGCGCGCCGUCGACCGAUUCCUCGGUCGUCCUUCUCUCGGGCGAGGCUGCGCCCUCGCUCGACGGUCCCUCGGACGGGACUUCGACGAGCACCAUCGGCGCUGACAGUGUGAUGACGGGCUCCGCCUCCGACCCAGUCGGCUCGCUCGGCGGAGCUACUUGGGGCCUCUUGGGAGGCCGCGACGGCCCAGCCCCUUGUGCCGGCCUCUUCCGUACGGCGUACUGCCGUACGUCGGCUGCCGUCAGUCUCGACCUCGGUGGCAUAUCUGCAAACGACGACAGAUGGUCAGCACCAUAAAGGAAAGGAAAGAAGAAAGGAGAAGGAAGACGGAAAACCAACCUAAGCGAGGGAUCGGGCUGAGACCGGCGUCGUACAGGGCCUGCUCGGUGACGAGCUCCCUAUGCUUCGGCAUCGAAAUGUCUUUCAGGCGGUGGAAGUCUUCCCGGUCCUCGGCUUCCACCCGACUGUUCUCGUUCGGUUGGGUUCGGAGGUCCCCCCAACGGGCAGGGAACCCCCAAGGAAUAGAAGAAGAUACAAAAAAGAACUGGUUCUUCCAUUCAUGAAUGGACGACGGAAGACCGGUGAUAAAAGAAAGCCCCUUCCGAGGAUUAAAGUACCACCACCCUCGGGCUUUAGAGUGGGGUCGGAGGACGAAGAAGGCUCGAAAGAGGGAAAUCCGAGGGUCAGUCGGCAAAAGCCGACACAGCAGAGCAAAACUGACUUAGUCGAACAGAGUUCAGCGCGAGUUGUGCCGGGCAUAGCCCGUAAUAGUCAAGUACGUUCCGGACGAACUCCGGGACCGGGAAGCGAAGACCGGCCCGGAGGUCCUCAACGUAGAAAGCCACCUGGUCCUCAAGUGGGCUAUUGACCCGACCAUUGGCACCAGGGGCGAACAGCCGAAAUUGUUUCGGGAUGCAAUAUUGCUCCCGGAGCCGAUCGACGUUCGGUCCCGAAAGUGAAGAGGCCUCCACCUCCGGGGUCGACCGAGGGUCGUCGGUCGGAUCUCCCGACCGACCUCCUCUUGGAGAUGUUCUAGCCAUGAACCAGAACAGAAGAUAAAAAGAGCAGGGAGAAGCAGAAAGUGUACUGUGAGAAGGCAAGGAAGAAGACGAUGAAGACGAUGAAGGCCCUCAAAAGAAGAAGAGAGAACUCUCAAAAAGAAGGAAAGCGGAGAUGAGUACUUGGAACAGGGGACUACGCGGGCAGAGUCUCGACGGCAAAAUGAGGGGGGUAGAAACUUGGAUAUGGGCGACCCUGUAUAUAUAGUACCCCCCGACGGUCGAGAUGGAGGCACGACCAACGAGGGAUCCCAGAUCGCGCCACGUGGCGUCAUCUGGGCCGUCUGUCGGCCCGACGGUUCGACGCACCCAUCCUCAGAUCGAGCCACGUCACCUCCAUCCGCUCGAACAGACUUGGCCCAAUAGCCACCUGCCACGUGGCGCAGAAGCCGCGACAUUUCGUAUCCCCGAAGGGGCGGCGGGAACGACGGUUUCCAUUCCCAAAGAGACGGGACGUCUGGCACCGAUGGGACGAGACACCUGACACCGACAGGACACCUGACACCGACAGGAUGUCUGACACCGACGGGACAUCUGACGUCGGCGAAUCGCCUGGCAUUCAUAAGGCGCAUGGCACCAUAUCAGUCCACGGUACGGUCGUCAGAAUCAGAACUUAAUACGGUGAGAAUCCACUCCUUUCGCUCGACGCUGCCGCCCAAACAAAAGCAUUGGCCAGCGCACCAUCCGACUCAGGAGUGGAGGGGGGCAACUGUUGGGGAAUACCGACCGACCCCACUCAUGCUGACUCAUUGUCGGGCUUACAUGACCGGUGCUCGACUUUGCCGACCGACCAACGGCUGCCGUUACCGACCGACCGAGGAUACGUCGGUCGGGCGGACCUUCUUCUCUCUCUUGAUCGGCUGCACUAUGGAGUCCGACGCCCGACUUUGGCAACGCGCCCGACUGACUGUCGGAGGGGCCCGAGUUUCCACCCGACGUCUCUCAACCAGCUGCCGACCUAUAGUCGGUCGGCUCCCUCAGAUGCCGUACGGCUGUCAGAAACUGUCAGCCCUGACAAUGGCAUGCGGCACUGCCGCCUAGGGGCAUUAUCCCACCUAAGGCAUGGGUCAACCCUAGCGAUUUGACAGCCCCACGGCGAUUUGACACCCUCACGGCAACUCUGACAGUCCUCAGUGAGUUGACAAUUCUUCAAUUGUCCGCGCUAUUAAUGACGGCGCCAUACCAUGCUCCAUUAUAUAUAUCGGGGAGGGCAACAGUGCUAGAGGUCCAUUCGAAACCUCUGAAUCCCUCCUCUGUAGCUCUCGCUCUCUCUCUCUCUCGUUGAGCUUCUUUGUCUUAUUUUCACUGUUGCCUAGUCUCCUCUCUGACUUGACUGUCGGAGGGUCCCCGCCGGAGCCACCUCCGGUCAGUGCGGACUUUCUUUUAUAGGUGCUCGUUCCCGGCGACCAGAGGAUUGGCCGCAACAGGUGAAUGGAACUGCGAUUCCUAUGGCUGCUGGGUUUGUAGGGCAGGUGGCUGCGAGAGAGGCUGCUGGUCUUGUCGUUGAUAUGAUAUGGCAGAAGAAGAUGGCUGGGCGUGCUCUUCUGCUUGCUGGGCCUCCAAGCACCGGCAAGACUGCUCUGGCUCUUGGUGUAUCUCAGGAACUUGGAAGCAAGGUACCCUUCUGCCCCAUGGUUGGAUCAGAAGUAUACUCGUCGGAGGUCAAGAAAACUGAGGUGCUUAUGGAAAAUUUCAGGAAGGCUAUUGGUUUGCGUAUUAAGGAGAACAAGGAAGUUUAUGAAAGAGAGGUGACGGAGCUCUCCCCAGAAGAAACAGAGAGCACAACUGGUGGUCAUGGAAAAGCCAUCGGUCAUGUAAUCAUUGGGUUAAAGACUGUCAAAGGAACCGAGCAGCUGAAGUUGGAUCCAGCUAUUUAUGAUGCUUUAAUUAAGGAAAAGGUUGCUGUAGGUGAUGUUAUUUACAUGGAAGCAAAUAGGGGUGCAGUGAAGAGAGUAGGUAGAUGUGAUGCUUUUGCUACAGAAUAUGAUCUUGAAGCGGAAGAAUAUGUUCCACUCCCUAAAGGAGAAGUCCAUAAGAAAAAGGAGAUCGUUCAGGAUGUUACACUACAUGACCUUGAUGCUGCAAAUGCUCGCCCACAAGGAGGACAGGACAUAUUAUCCCUCAUGGGCCAGAUGAUGAGACCUCGGAAAACUGAGAUCACUGACAAACUACGUCAGGAAAUAAAUAAGGUUGUUAAUAGGUACAUCGAUGAAGGGAUAGCAGAGCUUGUCCCUGGUGUCCUAUUUAUUGAUGAGGUGCACAUGCUAGACAUUGAAUGUUUUUCUUAUCUUAAUCGUGCUUUAGAGAGCUCAAUAUCGCCAAUUGUGAUAUUUGCCACGAACAGAGGAAUUUGUUAUGUGAGAGGAACUGAUAUGACCAGUCCACACGGCGUACCAAUAGAUUUGCUAGAUCAUCUGGUAAUCAUACGGACAGAAACUUAUGGUCCCACUGAAAUGAUUAAGAUAUUAGCGAUCCGAGCACAAGUUGAAGAACUAGAUAUUGAUGAAGAAAGUCUAGCUUACCUAGGAGAAAUUGGACAACAAACAUCCUUAAGGCAUGCUAUUCAGCUGCUAUCACCUGCCAGCAUUGUGGCCAAGACGAAUGGAAGGGAUAAAAUCUGCAAGGCCGAUCUCUAGGAAGUAACUGCUUUAUAUCUGGAUGCAAAGUCUUCUGGAAGGCUUCUUCAGGAACAGCAAGAAAGAUACAUAACUUGAUUGACAAGCUGUUUGCUAGGAUCUUUAUUGAAAUGAGUUGAAUAGCAGAGGCUCUUUCAGCACAUUGGAGAAUAAAACCCAUAGAACCAUACUGAGUUAGUGCCACCUGUAUUCCUUGGAGUCUUUGUUUUAAUGUAUAUCCAAAGCUCAUUUGUGGCUCUUGUUUUCUUAUUAGUGAUUGUGGGAGCCAUGAGAGUGUUUUUCAAAUAAGGAUUAGAAACUGUAGUUAUUGGCGAGUUGGUUUUGAGAGAAGGGUGAUGUCAUGAUCACGGAUUUCAAAAUGAGUAGCAGUUUGAGAUGGUCACUUUUUUUGUUAACAAUAUGUUUCUCCCUUUUUGGUGCAAUGGAUAGUUGUGCCAGGAGUGCAAAUGAA